UUCGUACAUUCAUGUGCUAUCUCUCUAUUCUACGUAUAUACUUUGAAUUUUUUUGUAUUCACACGAAAUCUGUGGAAAAUGGGGAAGAUAAGUGUACAAGCCAUCAGUUGAUGGUUGCGGCUUGGCCCAAUUUAUUGUAAACAUUCUGUGUUUUUUACAGUGACAGUUAAAGAUGCUAGUAUAAUGAAAAAUAAACAAGCAUGAUGGCUUCUCAUACAGAAAACAGCAGACGUUCAAACAAUCCAUGCGUGACAUGUGUCAAUGCUGUGAAAUGGAUUCCAGUUUUAUUUAUUGUUACUAUUAUUGUAUGGUCUUACUACGCUUAUGUAAUUCAACUUUGUUUUCUGACAAUAAAGAACAAUGUGGAGAAAGUGUUCUUCCUGCUGGGCUACCACGCGCUGUUCUUCGUGUUCUGCUGGGCGUACUGGCAGACCAUCUUCACCGAGAUCGGCAGGGUGCCUCCGCAGUUCAAGGUGCCGAGGGCAGAGCUGGAGAAGCUGGAGCAGGCGGAGAGCGAGGAGACGCAGCGCGAGAUCCUGGAGCGGUUCGCCCAGAACCUGCCUGUCACCAACCGCACCAUCACCCAGGGGGUGCGCUACUGCGACAAGUGCCAGCACGUGAAGCCGGACCGCGCCCACCACUGCAGCGUGUGCGGGGAGUGCGUGCUCAAGAUGGACCACCACUGCCCCUGGGUCAACAACUGCGUCGCCUUCAGCAACUACAAGUUCUUCAUCCUGUUCCUUGGCUACGCGCUGAUCUACUGCGUCUUCAUCGCUGCCACCAGCCUGCCCUACUUCGUCAGCUUCUGGAAGGUAAGGAACGAGCUGGAGGGCAUGGGCAAGUUCCACAUCCUGUUCCUGUUCUUCGUGGCGGUGAUGUUCGGGGUGAGCCUCAUGUCGCUGUUCUGCUACCACUGCUACCUGGUGCUGCGUAACCGCUCCACGCUCGAGGCGUUCCGCGCGCCCAUCUUCCGGUCUGGGCAGGACAAGGAUGGCUUCAGCCUGGGCAAGUACAACAACUUCCUGGAGGUGUUCGGAGACGACAGGCUGCGCUGGUUCCUUCCCGUCUUCACCAGUCUGGGGGACGGCUCCUCGUUCCCGGUGCGGGCACAGCACCAGCCGGGCUCCUAUGACUCCAUGGGCAGCACCAGCACGCACACCAGCCUGGGCGACGGUGUCAACUUCCCGCAGCGCUGCUUGGACGAAGACACAGACUCGCUCCUGGGCUCGCGCCAACGCUGGGCCGAGGAGGCGGAGCUAGACGCCCAGCCCCACCCCGCCUCAGCCCUGUCGAGCACGGCACUGCCCACCGACCUCCUGGCCCAGGUCUAGUGGUGGUCGCAGACGGCUCUCCUCUGUCGUAAAGGCGGUGGCAUCUCGCCUCCUAGCCGACACGACAGCAGCAGCUUCGCGUGAGUGCGGUGGUUUCACAGCCGAAACUUUAAAAAAAACGGUUUGCAUCUAGGACAUAACUCGUAUUCGUGGAGAUGCUGGCUGCACUACAGAGUGAUUUUCAUGUGCGAAGUGCAGUGCAUUAGGUUGUCGCUGUUCUUUUUUGUUCAUAAUUCACGUAGGAUUCCAAUUGUUUUUUUUUAAGAUGUAGUUUCACAUACAAUUGACAAGUGAAGUAAGACAUCACCUAAGACAAGGGUAUUUUUGUUAGCAUUUUUUUUUUUUUUUUUACUGUUGUUUUUCUCAUAUGUUGAUGUACAGAUUUGUUUGUGAUACAUGCCAGGGUCACUGCGUACUCACAAGGAAUGGAACGCGUUGUUACGAGACCCGGACACGAGGGGCUUACGUAGGAGUGGAGUGCACACACAUCUUCGCUUGAACAUCAGUGGCUGAAAGUACUUAAAGUAGCUGUUUUUUUCUCUGCAUAGUUGGAAAGUAAAGUAAAAAUACUUAAAAAAAAACAUAGUGUUUCUCAUUAACUAUGUUGCUGUCACAUUAGACAAACAGUAUAUUGCAUAUCUGUGGAAACAAUAACUUUCAUUUGCGUGCAUGUGAGAGUGGGUGCGUGCGCUUGUUUUUUUUUUUCUCACAAAUAUCUGACCGUGAAAUUAGUUUUCCUGAAGGUAGAGAGAACCCAGCAGGGGUGGUAAUAUAGAAGUUGCUGGCAGGAAACUAUCAGAUAUUUUGCUUCACAUAAAUUCAGCCACUGAAAGGGCUGUGGAUGGGUUGUGGAUGCAAAACUCCUAUUGCAAGAGAGAUAUGGGGUGCCGAGUGUUCGUAAAACAGUCAAUAUUUGGCCGUACUGAAUUAUGUCCUGAAAACUUAACAAAUCCAAAAACUUUGGGUUAUUGUCCUCUAAAGAAACAAGAAAACAUUUGUAUUGUCUGUUACAAGUUAUAAUAAGAGUUUAUAUGAUUGAUGAUGCCUAUUGCUAACAGAAUGUUGUCAAGUCAAAUUCACAGCUUUCUCAUUUGUUUGUGACUUCCACAAGUUUGUAAGUUGAAAUCGGUGAACUAAGUUCAUUGGGCCCCGUUGUUAUCUACUUAUUGCAAGUUAAUGCUUGCAAACACUGGUUUUUCCCAAUGUUAUGAUGUGUUGUGUGAGCAUGUGUGCAAACAAGGUGCUGUGCGUUCAAAGGGCAUUAUCGUGCAAUUCUGUAUGAAGGUUGGGUCUGUGGAUAGUUUUUAUUGCCACGACUAAAUUACUUUGAGUCACUGUUACGCCAGUAAUGCAAAGUGGAUGUAGUAUGUGGUACCUGCCAAUUGUGUUGUGGUCUUUGUGUGAGAAAUUACGUUACAAUAUAUAUGAAGAAAUUGUGUACAGUAGUUGUAUGUUGUGAUGCAGAAGUAGUGACCUCUUGUGACCAGAAUAAAUUUUUGACCGUGGGUAUUUACACUGCUUUAUUUUUUAUUAGUAAUGUGUCGGAAUUUUUUUAAUUAAUUUUAUGUAGAAUUAAUACUUUUAUUUUAGUUAUUCAACUUCAUCCAGCAAACCGUGGAAUUAAUUGUAAUUUCAGUUUGUGUGAUUAACGAAAUAAAAACUUACUUUAUUAUUUCCUUGGUAUUAAUGGAAUCUGAAAGGCUACUUACUUGAAUGAUUCUGAUGAAUGUAGAUUUUUUUUCAGUUGAUUUUAAAAGUCUGUAAUGCUGCAAGUUAUGUUUUUUUGUGCAGUUUGAAAGAGACUGACAAAUUGUAGUGCUAAAUUUAGUUUAAUACAGAACUUAACAUGUUAAAAAUGAUUUCAGAGAAGUGUGUGUGUGUGGGCGGGCAUUUUCCUUGUGAUUACAUUAUUACAUUAUUUGAAUGGUUCGUGCAAUGCGUGAGAUGGAUCCAAGCUGUUGUUUUGGACAGAUAAAAGAUGAACGUGCAAACACACAGAAAACAAGAUAAAAUUAGACAAUGUCAAAAAAUUAAAAACAUAAACAGCACAGAAAAUUCAGUGGAGGGAAUUAGUCCAAAAAUUAGUACAACACAGAUGGACACAGGUGGCUAACAACUAGCAAAACAGUAGCAACAUAGACAGUAAAUAAAGACAAUAAAGACUGAGGACAACACAUCAACAAACAGACGAACCCAACAUGAUACUAAUAAGAUAAUGUGGACAACACAAAGACACUCUGGAAACAACAACACAUCACUGUCGAUAUUUUUUGUUACAUCGCUAGAUUGGUCUGUGCAUCUCCGUGUUGUCUUUGUGAUGUUCACAUUAUCUGCUUGGUAUCAUCAUGUUGCUUUCUUGUCUACUGUCUUUUUUUGUCUUUAUGUACUGUCCUUGUUGCUACUGUCUCGUUAGCUCACUGUGUCCAGCUGUGCUGUAGUAAUGUUGUGACUAAAUCCUUGUACUCAAUUUUCAUGCUGUUUAUGUUUUUAAUUUUUAGACAUUGGCUGAUUUUAGCUUCUUUUCUGUGUAUUUGCAUGUUUAUCUUCUUUUUUUGGUCCGUUAUUGAGGUUUCUUAUGACAUACAGUGUAAUCAACAAUGGCGUAUGUCCAAAAUAACAUCUUGUGGUCCCUUUACUUGUAGUCAUGUAGAUAUUGGCUGUUUUCAAGUUCACAGCUGACUUGUUGAACUGCCCAUCCCCUAUCAAUUGAAGUAUUUCAGCACAGUUUGUGUGUCUCGGUAGUCUGAAUAUUCAGUGGUCAUCGCAUUACUGCAUUAGUAAUAGGAUGACUUAGUUUGCGUCAUGUAUUCAUGUGCACUCUUAUUGAACGUGAUUUAAGUCGUCGAUGCUGGGGUGCUAUUCUGUUACAUUUGUGUCUGGCAACGGCCGCAGUUGGCGUUCCUGCACCUCUAGAGCUGUAGCGUAGCACUGCGAUGACAGCUUGGUGCAACAUUCCUCUGGAUGUUCACACAUCCCUUCACAUUCUCUUCAACUGACGAUAUGUGCGUAGCAACAUGGACUCCUACACACCUAGACUUGAAUUUGACAUUCCUCGGAAUUAUUACCAAUGGUCUGUGUAUCGUUCUGCCACUGUAGUUUCGUCAACAAGCUUUGUAAACAAUAUCAUGUUUUCAGUGUUCAUAAACAAACAUCAUGAGUAGCUUUGCAAAUGUUACUUGGGGAAAUAAGUAACACUGGUACUACUUUUUACAACUGUUCAAAAUUUGAAAGUGUGUACUUCAUGACUGGUGAGAGAGUACAAGUUUUUGCGUGUAUUAAAAAAAACCUAUGAAAUCAUGUAACAUCUAAGGUUACUUUAAGAAAGUAUGUGUUCAAUGAGUUGUGAAAAAAUUUACAAUUAAUGUGCUUGAUUAAGAAAAUAUUUAUUUUAUUAAUACAUAAUAUACUAAUUUUAGUUGACAUUAAAUUUAGAACCAAAGCUAAUUUCUAUUUUAGAAGAAAUGUAGCAAGAGUGCGAGCCAAAACUAUUUUUGUGUGCAUAUUCCACUGAAGCUAAUAAAUAAGUAUGAUUAAUUUUAUUACUGGUUUGUAUAUAUUUUAAAAUUCUUUCUGAACGUCAUCCUCUGGCACAAAGUUUGCGCUGAAGGAUAUAUAAUGCCCAGCUAAAAAUGUUAGACAACAUUGCUUAAAUAUCCGAGGCUCUAUUUUACAACUAUGCACUGUUACAGAAUAGCGCCCUGUUUUUCUUCUUCAUAUUCUAAUAAAGACUGUAAAGAGUAAUUUUUUUUGAGAGCUUGAAAGCUGUCAAAGAGUUGCUUUUUGAAUGUUGUUUGGGUGCUCCAUCAGACGAGUAAUAAAUAAUAAAUAAACUCAACAAAUUGGGCGCAAUGAUAUAACUUGUUUGAACUGUUAUUCAUGCCUGCAACAAACAUGUUUGCUAUUUUCGAACGUGAAGCUUUACCGCAAAGCACCCCAACACAUUGGAUGCAGCGUUGUAGCGACAUGCAAACUCAUAUCUGCCGUCCUCGAGGUAAAAGUUACAGUGUCGUUGACCGUUCGUCAUCAUUAACCAAAGAAAAAUGUAAUUAACAGACUUUUGAGAAUGUUAUUAAUUUUAGCUUUUUUUUUUUUUUACCUGAUAUUAUAUUAAUGUGCUUAUAAUUUUGUUUUGUAAAUGUGUAUGAAUUUAUUUGCACAAUUUUUAAAAUUACUUUUGUAUUCAUAAAUAUAUAAAUGUAACUGAUAUUUUUGGAAUGGAAACUAAAUAUGAAAUGAAAAUAUUAUUGAAUUGGUUGCAACUGUUGUGCAGUGCUAAAAACAUUUUGGUACAAUAAUUUGUGAAUGGUCACACCUUAGAUAACACUGCACUGGAAAGUGCGCUGGAUGAAUUUAAUAUUAUUAGGCUUGUCAUGAUGUGAUGUGAUAAAACGACAGAAGAUUGAAUGGUGUUGUAAUUACGUGAUUCAUCCUUAAAUUGUCUACAUUGUGUUUGUAAAUGAAAAUGUGAUAUUUUAUAAUUUAUGGUGGCAUUGAAUUUUUGAGUGAACUUUGUAGAGUAGCCUUACCUUGUGCUGUUGUGUUAAGACUUGACAGAAUGUAAAUAAACCUUGUGUUUAGCAUUGCAGUGUUUUGCAUUUGUUUCAGAAAGAACUGUAUGUAGUAAGUUAUUACUGCUAUGUUUGUAUAGUUUUUUUUAUUUGUGGUGGAAAGAUAUCUACAAUGUUUUUUAUCAGUUUUUUUUUAUAAAUAUAAUUCCAGACAUAAUUUUC